ACUCGAAUCGACGUCAUGCAUGUAUUGGUUCGAAAAUAACUAUUUGGUUUUUUUUUUUCCCUGCUUGCGUGUGGGUCCUGCCUUCCAAAUUUGGUCAAAAAACAAGCGGAAGUGGCCGAGUGACGACAUUGACCCACCUCCUCGGCCUCGCGCUUUUUUAACGAGCACGCGCCUCUCGUUUGUGCGUGCGUGCGUGCGCUGCAGUCCAUGCUCGCUUCUCGAACAAGAAAACACAGAACACACAGGAACCUGUCGGAGAAUACAAACACAAAUUAUUGUACUUCGGAACUUUUCCCCGCAUUCCAAAUUUCUUCUUUGGCUCUUUGUCAUGUUUCCCGCGCGCGCGCGCGCCAUGUCUUUGGGACGCGUCGGCUUCUUGGUGCGGGACAUUCUGGACCUGCCGGACGCUGCGGGGACGUGCUGCGGUUCCGGUGCCGAAGACCCGGAAGAAGACGAGGCCGACGCCAAGGCCGAGGCCGAGAAGAACCACGCCGAGUCUCGCCUCAACUUGUCACUGCACGCGCGUGCGGGCGCGUCACCGGACGAGCCGCGCGACGUCGGUGGCCGUAAAAAGCGUCGCGUCCUCUUCUCCAAAGCGCAAACGUCGGAACUGGAGCGUCGCUUCCGGCAGCAGCGCUACCUGAGCGCGCCCGAGAGGGAGCACCUGGCCGGCCGCAUCCGGCUGACCCCCAACCAGGUGAAGAUCUGGUUCCAGAACCACCGCUACAAGAUGAAGCGGGAGCGCGCCGAGCGCGCGGAGCGCAGCGUGGAGGCGCUGCGGCAGGCUCAGCGCGGAUUCGCCUCCGCUGCCAUCCCGGCGGUUGUGCUGCGGGACGGGAAACCGAGCGAGCGGGUCAGCGGCCUGCUCGACCUGCGGUUGGCCUUUCCGCUGUGCGCCCACGCGCACCUAAGCCAGCGGGCCAUCGCGAGGCUCACCUGCUGGAACGGCAACUGGACCUGAGCCGCGCGAGCGCGCACACGUCAUUGGAUACAAGCACUCUUGAAGCACUCUUUUCAUUCUAUUGUUCUUUUCGUAUUUUUUAGUCUGAAUAAAAAACAUGUUUUAUUUCAUGUUGACAGAUUGUAAAGUAGAUUUCACGUCUACUGUAAAUGUGUUUUUCUAAAUUAUUUCUAAUGUUUCACAACGUAUCAAUCGAGACGGUUUUGUACUUUUAAAAAAAUGUUUGUAUUCAUGUUAUGAACAAAAAAGUCAUUCGAUCAGGGUUGCUGACCCAACUGGCGUUUCAAUUGAACACAUUUCAAUUAUGUACCCGACCUUGCAUGUUCAAGUGAAGCUGAUUUUUGAUGUGGAGUGAUGUAUAAAAGCUAUCCCUAAAAUAAAAAUGACAUGUUUUUUUUUUUAACAAAAUGCUACAGAAACCUCAUCUUGAAAUUUGACCUUUUAAGAUGUUAAUGUUGUCCAUGAGAAUUCUUGAUGAGGGCAAAAUCUUAUUGAGUCAUGUGUGUUGUGUUGCAUGUUUUGUGGUCGACAUGUGUACGUGGGUGUGCAUGAGGAUGGUUGAAGUCAGCCUUUACUGGCGGUGACAGUGGGGGGUCAGGAAGCCCCCCCCCCAAAAAAAAAAAAAACUUUCCAUGCGAGCUGGGCCAAACGAAAGGAUGAGCCAUCAUUAGGACUCCGAAACGUUUGAUCAUAUCUCAGCUCAUAAAUGUCUUUCAUUUCUUCAUCAUGAUGAAAUCAAAUACAUUGAAGGCAUUCACGCAUCCUAAUGCUUGGCUGGAAAUUGAGAUUCCCAAUUUGCUUUUGAAAUAAAGACAAAUAAUCGUGAAUUGA